AUGGACAGGCGUAUCGUCAUCGUCACCGGUGGAAACUCUGGCGUCGGGUUCGAGACCAUCCGAGUGCGGAGCUAUGUGUUCACCGUGUUGGAGCACCCUCAUGACCUCCAUGCACAGGUCCUCCUGCUGCGCAACGCCAAAGUCUACAUGGCCGCGCGUGCGUCCGCAAAGACGACCGCAGCGCUCGCGGCUCUGCACGAGUCCACCGGCCGCACGGCGCACCAUGUCCCCCUCGACCUCGCCAGCCUCGAGUCUGUCAAGCGCGCCGCGGACGACUUCAUGAGCCGGGAACACGAGCUGCACCUGCUCUUCAACAACGCGGCCGUGAUGAUCCCCCCGGUCGAGCAGCUGACCCCAGACGGGUACGACCUCCAGUGGGGCACGAACGUGCUCGGGCACUUCUACCUCACGCGCCUGCUCCUCCCCGCGCUCGAGCGCGGGGCGAAGAGCGCGCCAGACGCGCACGCGCGCGUCGUCACCUCGUCCUCGAACGGCACGUACGUGGGGAAGCUCUGGCCCGAGACGUGGCGCGACUCCGACGCGCGCCGGCGGAAGCGGUCGUACGAGCUCUACUUCCAGAGCAAGCUGGGAGCCUCGAUCAUCUCGAGGCAGGGGGCGUUGAGGUGGGCGAGCAAGGGCAUCGUGUGCAUCGCGGCCAACCCUGGGAUGGUCGACUCGGACCUGUACAGGCAUGACCGGUUUGCUCGCGGCGUUCUGUCGUUCGUCCUCAAUCCGCCGUCGCUCGGAGCACUUCCACAACUCUACGCAGGGACGAUGCCCGAAGCUCUCAAGCACAGUGGCGAGUUCUUCGUUCCAUUUGCGCGGUUAGUGGCGCAUAAGAGCGACGUCUAUGACGACGCCGUGGGACGCCUUGUGUGGGAUUGGCUUGAGGAACAGAUUGCAGCUCAUGAGGGUCGUCCGGAGCCUUGA